AUGACCGACACAACACCCACCAACGGACCCGACGCGCUGGACGAGACCCUCAAGCGCCUCUCGAACAAACCUGGCGUUAAGGCGACCGUCAUCCUCGACCGAAUCACGGGUGCGAUACUACGAACGAGCGGUCAGCUGUCGUCUUUCAACGCAGCAACGCUACAGACUUCCGGAGGAGGUUCCUUCUCGGGCGAGGGCGCCGCCGCGCAGCAGCAGCAGAACGGUGAGGAGCAACCGCAGGGCCUGGAGGACUUUGCCGCAAAGGUCUGGAACUGGGUGAAUGCGUCGGGCGCCCUGGUGUUAGAUCUAGAUACCGAGGUAAGAAGAGGGAUCCGGUCCCGUAGGCAGACUGCGGAGCGAGUCUUUACCCCUGAACGAAGUGCCGGGACUGACCAUCGGGAACAGGAUGAGCUGAAGCUACUGAGACUACGAACGAAGAAACAGGAGCUAGUCAUUGUACCGGAUCCGAAGUACCUACUCAUCGUGGUACAUGACACACCGCCGGCUUGA